AUGCAGGCGACCAUCGCGAACGUUUGCCUACUGUUGCUGGCGACCCGGUCCGUUUCGGGGCACGCGAUCGACGAAAAUCACCGCGCGGCGACGGCGGCGGCCGGCCGCGGAAAUGAGCUGGCCGAGCCGAGGGUAUUGGACAUGGAAUCGAUAUUCGCGGGUUUCGCCAAGUCGAUGAUCGGCGGCAAGACCAGUAGUCAAGUACAGAAUAUAAUAGUAGUUUAUAAACAAAAUUUUAUUGUCUCGUAUACACGGAAAACAAUAUUAUGAAAUAUUUUUUUUAUAACACGACGGGAAUACGAUUUUUUUUUUUUUUUUAUUAAUGUUUUUCGCCGUGAAGAAGUAACUCGUAUUCAACGUAUUUUAUUCGAUUGUAUAUUUAUAUAGAACCAUCGCGGGCACUGUAUAAAUCCGGGUGUAAAUAAGAGGUCCGCGGCCCAGGGUUUCUGCAAAAUGUCUUCUCUGACCACCUUGUCCAGUCCCUGUCAGUUUUUCAAGAUGGCCCUCGGACUAUGCGAUCUACCCGACAUUUUGGCUAGUAUUUUCAUUUAUAAUUUUUUUUUUUUUAUUACAAUAAUAAUAUUUUAACGACAAACUUUAUACCCCUGUUUUUACGUCCUUCGACAUUGUCUUUUUUCCCCCGAGAAUCUAUUCAUUUAUAUUACUGCAGGCUGAAAUCGCAUCAUUUCGCAAGCCUUCUUACUAUACAUGAUAUUAUAAAAUACACUUCAGCCUUCAGUCUUUAACCAUCAUCAUGUUGUUCUCGUACUAUCAGAACGUUUAACUACAACAACGUUAUUUAUCAAUGCUGUGAUUACAUUUUACUCGCAUCUUGUUCUUUUAUACGUAUACCUAUCUCUAUACCUAACUAAAACUGUCUCGAUUUACAAUUUUUCCUCUAUAACUCAACAUUGUAUUUUACAAUAAUCUAAUUAGCUCUAUACUCGAGACGAUUAUUAACACGGUUUAUUUAUUUACGGAAUACGCGCCCGCGGGCAUUCUAAAUCGACAACAUGUACACGAAUCAAUGACUAAACCACACAUUUGAUACAAUAAAUACAAUAUUGGCGGGACGGUAAAUGACUAGGGGCGAAAUAACGUGGCGCAGUGGGAGAAACUUAAGUGGGAAAUAUUUAAUUCGGAAAUUGGCGAUUAUUUGGCGCGAAGCACGCUACAUGUACAGAGUGGUUGGUAACCAUAAUAUAUAGGAGGAAGAACGAGUCGCGAAGGCGAGCGGAUUUCUGUUAGUGCGGGCGCUGUAGAUGUGAACUUUGAAGCGAAUCUAUUCAAAUGUAUUAUCGGAUACGUGCGCGGAUCAAGUACAGCCGAGAUGAAGUCUUGAUCCGCUUUGAGGUGGCGCAGAGCGAAGAGAGCGAUUAUUAUAUCGGAUUCGCCACAAUGACACGCGCGAUUUACUUACGUAUGCAAAUAUUGAAAUGUACACGAUUCGGCACGGUGCAAUUGCGAUUAUGUGUGCAUAAUAAUAAUAUGUUAACGCAAAAAAAAAAUUACCCGUAAUACACCGGAUGAUAUUUUUUUAGAUUUAUUUUUCUUGAAAACUAUAACGUAACUAUAACUGUAAUGGAACAAUUUUUUCCGCUUGACGCUUUUAUAACUUUUACUGUUUAACUGUAGUCGGCAAUCGCACGCGUAAACACUAUAAUAUCAUUUAAGAGAACGUAUUUAGGCCUUAGGGCUAUGUUAGAAAGACGAAGACGACAAAUGUCACUGUGUGACGGCCACUCGAGAGGACGUGAUAUCCGCAGUUCCUACCGUCCCAGUUCUGUAACUAACGUAGCAAAAUUACCUAAAAUUAAAUUGGAGUUUGGUAUCGACGUUUAAAGAGAAAAGUAUUACCGAGGACACGGCGCAUUGUUUAUUUUUACUAAAAUUAUCGGCAAACAUAAAAGCUGUACAGCUAUUUUUAAAAAAAAAAAGAAAAACCCAACACAGUUUGAAAUUCGUUUUUUUUCGAUUUGAAAAUAUUAUUGCUUUUCAAAGAGUUCAGCGAUCUCAAUGCGAGAAAAAACAACUAUUUAUAGAUAUUUAAAAGGUGAAAUUAUAACUACUGUAUCUACUUUUGUUUAAACUCGGACAAUUCGCGGUCCGUCGUUCGUAUUGAAUGUGAUAAGAAGUUUUUUUUUUUCCACUUCCAUAAUAUUUAUUUUAGUAUUGAUUCGUAAUAAAUACGGCGAUAUAAAUGAUAAAUAAAUAACCGAAUCUACAGUGAGUAUGUUAAAAGUGAGAGUCACGGAAUAGAUACGAAAAUGAUACAAUAUCCUAUACAUACAUUAACCUAUGCGGAUAAGGCAUCCGUAAACGGAUCAAACGUGUGUGUGUGGAAAGCGAAUGUUUGAUUUUUUUUUCGCAUAUAUGUAUAUAUAUGUGUGUGUGUGUGUGUGUGUGUGUGUGUGUGUGUAUUAUUUUAUUUAUGCAUAUUUUGUGUACCGUUCUGUUUUUCCGUUUUCACAGGUGCAGUUAUCUCUUACGACGUUACUCGUAAAAUCGCAGUUUUUAUAAAAGUGAAACCUAUAAGUAAUACUCGACUAUAAUAUAAAGUUAAACUCGCGGGUAAUAUUUUAUUAAAAACCAAAAACAAGUACGAUUAGUAUCUUAAUAAUUUAUUUAUUUUUCCCGAACCCCGAAAACCGCCUUAAUUUUAUAUUUUCAAUUACCGUUUCCCUGAUUUCCCGUGAAAAUAACAAUAAUAAAAUAAAUUAAUCUAAUUUUGAACAUUUUGCACAUUUUCAACAUCAACGGCUACUGAACGUGUACAACAAUCACGACGAUAAUAAAUCGGUGUUCAAAAUAGUAAACAAAAAAUAUUAAUUAUAAUAAUGCAUUUUUUUUUUUUUGUUUUCAAAUGCGAAAAUAGUUACGUAGGUAUAAUAUGUAUUAUUUCAAAUUAUUAUAAUGUAUUUCUUUGUGUUUGUACCUUGGUCGUAUGGUAUUGUUUCUAUUAUUAUUUGACUAGGUAAAAAUAACGCAAAUCACGUAUAAACCAGUAUAAUUUUGAAAUUGUGAAAAUGAUAUUUCGCGCCGAAAUGUCCUAGGCCACGUUUUCGAUAAUUAAUACUAACGUUUAUUAUAUUUCCAAUUUAUUAUUGAUAUAUGUAUAGGUAAUUUCUUUAUUUUGUUUUCCGCUCCAUUUGCCACGAUUAUAAUUGAUCUUAAGCAGCCUAGUAAGACCUAGGUAAAAGUCUGUAUUAUGUGUAGCCAAGGAGGUAUCUGAAGGGGGGAGGGCUUAUCAGGGGUUCCACAUUGAACCUUCCAGACAUUUUUUCAAAAGUAUUGUUUUAAAUAUAAGUGUCAAUUGCGUUUGUUACAUAAAUAUAUUUUUAGAUGAUUUAAUUGAUAUCCCGAGGAUUCGGUCCAGCUGCGGUCUUGUGUAGUUUAGAUACUAGUAUUCGCUUUACGUAGAUAAACAAUUAUUAAAAAAGCCAAAAUCGUUUUGUAUAUACAUAAAAACAACGUUACAUUUUAUAAGUGUAUAAUAGAUAUUUACUUAAUAAAUAGCUAUUUAUUUAGAUACGUAUUUUUCUCAAAUUGAAACUCUAUAACAGUUGCAUACUUUUCGUAAAUUAUUAAGUACCUAUUGGUAUUUUUAAACAUUGAAUAGUAUAUUAUUAUUUGUGUCGCUAUUAAUUAAAUAUAUUUAAAGGCAGACCGAGGAGUGGAAGGGAAAGCGACACUCCCGUUAUCAAAAAAAAAAAAAAACCAUCCGUGAGCAGAAAAACUUCGUCACUAGGCUACUAAAGUUGAAUUUGAUUCUUGUUACGUUAUUUGAUUUGUGUAAUCUGCAAGGCUAUUUAAAACCAGGCGUUUCCUAUAGAAAACCAUGAAACUUGAGCAUAAAAAUGACGAGAGCAUGAGUCGAGAGUUAACUACCUCCCCCCCCAACGCCCUGAAAAAAAAAAUUAAUACUCGUACAUAUUCAAAAUUGCAUUCCUCCAGCUUCAUUAGAGUGAUCUGUAGUUCUGUAGAGGGGAGCAAAUCUUAAAACACACCCUCCUCCCACGACAACACUACUUAAUUCGUAUUUAAAGUCAACACAACUGUUACUACUUGAAUUCGCCUGUUAAACAGCUAUGCAAUUUAUUUAUCAAUAUUAAAUAGUUGUUUAGUUUAGUUAUUUAAAAAAAAAAAACCGGCUAUUACUAAUUUUAAAUGUUUAGAGCCAAGACAACGAUACUCUAUAUUCAUUAUCCGAAAGUACAACCAGAAUCAAAAAUUUAGGAAAGCAAAACAAUAGCCGUGAUUUCGGAAUGGGCGCUAAGCCCGUUAGUCCCUGAUUGCGUUUAUGUUAAAUGCUUUGACCAAUAGUUUAUCGUUGCUUACAGACGUACAUUAAAUUCCCACCUAUAACAGUGGCCGCGCCCCCCCCAUUAUCAUAGGGCAGCUUUUUUUUAAUUUGGGUCGCGUACCCAAAAAAGAGUUAAUGUGCGGGUCGCCAUAACAAAAAGCUUGGGAACCAUUGUAUUAGACAAUACUACAAUCCGACAAAAUGAAUACGACUCUACUUGUAUUCAAACAUAUAUAAUUAAAAUAUACUAUAUAUUUAAAUAUUAUUAAUAUGUAUAUUUAACGCGUUUUUCAUCUAAUUUACUCGGAGGUUUUUUUUUCAUUUCGUUAACCUAUAAAUGCUUAGCGUUACCAUUUUACAUAGCCUAUGACGGUCGAACAAUGUUGUUGUUAACCGGUUGGUGCGGGUAAUAAUUCGUAAUCGUUCCUCACAAUAUAUCCAUACUUGUGUAGAUAAAAGUAAUUUCGCGGGCGAACGCGGAACGUCAAGAAGAUUUAAAUUUAUUAUUAUUUCGCGGCAAUUAAUGACCGUGAUGAUAAAACGUUGUCCAUAUAAUGAAAUCUAAAAUCCUCAUUUCGCGCGUAAUAUUUGAAAUAUCUGUAAUAACGCAAUUGGUGUAGUGUAAAACGCAGAUAAUCGAUUAAAUACGACAGGUACAAAUCGAAUAUUUCACGUGUACAAUUGGAAGAAAUCAGUAGGAAACAAUUGACGUACGUUCAAAGAUUGCUGCAUAAUCACCAUCGCAUGUUGAUCGUUCUCGAAAUUCCUCGUUGUGUUUGAAUGUACAUGAUCGAUACCGAACGAAAAUGCGAAAUUGUUGAAAAGAUAAUCGUUUAAUCCGCAAGAGUUCACUGGGUUACAUGCGAAAAUAUAACCAAAUGUCGAACGUUUUCGACAAAUCGACGCGCUGACAAAAUACUACUACUGUUAGUAUUUGUUGUAUUGUAACACUACGCACAGAGAUAAAACAACUUUAGAUAGCCGACUCUGUGAGUAAAUCUGAAGUUUGGAAACCGUAAACCGGGAGGGCAAAUUUUAUUAAUUAAACCCGUCGAAUAGUUUGUUUACGAUUAUAUAUUAUGAAAAAUAUUUGAAAGUAAUCGCAGACCGUUUCCAUAUACCAUCACGUCGUAUUAUAAUAAUUCGUAAACAAAUAUUACGCGGGUCAAUCAAUACUGCAAUAUUUACCCUCUUGAUGCAAUAAUGCUGCUAUUGUUGCCAACAUCAUACUUCUCACGGGAAUCUAUAUGACAACAGUCGGCUGUCUAGUCGUGUUAGAUAUUCACGAAUAUUAUAUUUUACGAUAACCGACUAUUUCUUGUGACUACAGCACAACGAGAGACCUAUGGUAUAACUGCCGUGCCCACCUGUGGAUCUCUAUCGCUUGACUUCUGGACAUUCUGCGAACUGCUUGUGUAUUACACGUCCGUUCUUCUUUUACUUUUAUAUACUUUCAAAUUUUCAACCGAUCUCCUUGACGACGACGACCGCACUUAAAUACCAACCACAUGCAUAUCAUACAUAUACACGGUCUUCCGAAUUUUACGUGACAGUAUAUAAUAUUACCCCAUGCAAUUUUUAGAUUUAUAUAUUUUUCUAAUAAUAUUUACAUAAGACUUAUCACUGUCGGUUGUAUUUUAUACGAAUUAAAAAUCAAACAAUCAAACGUCUCGAUAUUGUUGUCGUAUCGCGGUGACCGGUUCGUGAACAUUUUGAGAUUUGAAAAUUUAACUGUGUACACAAACUAGUAGAUUCCUAUCGUUUAAAAUUUAGAAAAUUACCUUUCAAUUCUUUUCUGAGAUCAAUACGAAUCUAAUGAAUAUCGAAUUAAUUUAAAACAUUAUACAGUUCUAAAAAGUUGUCUCAUAGACAAUUGUUUUUAUUUGUUUAUUAUACUGUCACAUGAAAUUUGGACGAAUGUGUAUCGGGUGAUAAAACGACGACUCAAUUACAUUUCCGGUCGAUAUGGUCUGUUAUUUGUCCAGAUGCUCAGUUUGAACCUGUCCAACGUGGUGCUGAUGUUGGUGAUCAAGGGGCUCAUAUGGGGCGCUUCGUACAUGCAGAUGGGCGGUGGCGGAGGUAAGGGACGUAAGGAAUCCGGAGGACCUUCACAGGACGGCGGUGCCAUCACCGAGACGGACUUGUUGCUGUUCCUCGGAUACCUAGUGGCCGACGAGUCGGGUCACUACGACUGUCUGAACCGCGUAGCGUGCGAACAACCGGCCCGAGCCGAGAGCUACCUUAAGACUGCGGAAAUGAUGUGGAAAACGGCAAAAAUGUUGAACGGGUGAGAUGGUUUUACUCUGUUCACUCUGUUAAAAAAUGUCAUUUACCCUGUACAGUGUACAUUACACAUUAUUUUACUCUGUUCUCGGCGUUCCUGUUCCGCGUGACGUAUCCGGGUAGAAAAACGUUUUUGGGGUGUGGCCCAACAGUUUUCUAAAUUGUAACCACUACAUUAUCAGUAAAGCGCGGAUUUAUAUGCAUUAAAAACCAACCAAAUAUGCGCUAAAAAAUCUAAAAUAUGCAUACAUAUAUAAACUAAAAUCUUAAAAUAUGCAUUACAAAAUUAGCGAACAAAUGUAUUUUUUGAACAUUUAAUUAAAACGAUAAAUAACACAUUUUGUGCUCACUUAGCAUGUACGACGUAAUACGAUCAACCAGAAUAAAUAUGCAAAUGCAUACAAAUCCGCACUCUAAUUAUCAGUAAUGAUUCAGUUAUUAUUUAAAAUGUAUACUGUUUUAUGACUGUAUUCAGUCUUACGCCUUCGGGUAUCCAUCUCGCUACUCACCAAUUUUUUAACGAGCCUCAAAAAACAGUCUUGGCCACGCCACUACCGAACAGUAAUCUUAUUUUUCUUUCCAUCCAGAUAUAUCGUAAAAAAAAAAAAAAAAAAUAUAUACUUCUAAAAAAUAAAUUAUGAGAAUAAUAUUACUAAUUAAUAUUAACAUUCGUCCUUUUAUUCGUGAAUUCCCGAAUUCACACUACCAAAAGUGACUAUCAUUAGAAAAAAAAAAAAAAUGACUCAGUGCUUGUGCUAUAUAAACAAUACCAAAUCAUUAUCUAUUGCCGUCGCGUGAUUUUCAGCGUGAUACCGGUGGACGAGAAAUACGAGAAAACAUUAAUCAGAUUGCAAGAAGCUAUCGAGGACGGACGGGCGAACGGAGAUUGUCAGGCCAAAUACAAAUGCUCCGAAUCGACCGAAGAUAAUUUUAAUCGAAUUUAAUAAUGUGCAUGUUGCACGUACCGUGUGUUGUGUUGUUUUUGUAUAACAUGUUGCAUUAUACAUUUUAAAUCUGACCAACAAAAAUGUGUUUGAAUGUAUAAUUACGAUUUCGAUUACUAUAAUAUAUAAC